CGGUAUUAAAACCAUUCAAUUUACAGUUAUUCCUAAGUUGCUAUACCAUCCACUAAGAAGCACACCUCAGGUCCGAAGCUGCGCGAGGGGAUCGCAUUUCCAAGACCCGAAGCCGCUUCGCGCGACCGACACAGGAUAUUUAGCAGCAACACUUUCUAUUUUCAGAAACUUCAUGAUGUUCCGGAUCUGCUUGUAUUUCGGUGCGCUCAUUUAUGGCAUUAUGUCCCAAGAAGCCGCGGUACCGGUGUCGUACUCGUGCACAGACGGCUAUGAAUUUGAUUCCGAAAGCCAAAACUGUAAAGACGUUAAUGAGUGUGACACCCUCCCGGACGCCUGCAAGGGGGGCAUGAGGUGCAUCAACUACUACGGCGGGUACUUCUGCCUGCCCCCCAACGCCCAGAUCAUCUUCAGCACCGACCAAUCGGACUCGGCGCCCGCCGCGCCCACCCCGGCCCCCACCCGCGCCCCGGACCCGGAACCAGAGCCCGUUCAGCCGCAGACCCGCCUGGUCUGGCCCGGGUACCACGGGACCCGGCGCGGGACGGUCCGGUGUUCCGCGGGCUUCCUGCUGGACGAACAGAACCAGUGCAGAGACAUAAACGAGUGUGAGACCAGCAAUCCGUGUGAACACAUGUGCUUCAACAUCCUGGGCUCCUACAUCUGCCAGUGCAGACAGGGGUUUGAGCUGGCGGCCGACUCCAUCUCCUGCCAAGACAUUGACGAGUGCAGCUUCUCCAGCUAUAUGUGCCAGUACCAGUGUGUGAACCAGCCGGGCCAGUACACCUGCAUGUGCCCUGAGGGAUACCAGCUGCAGGGCACCAGCCUGUGCCAAGACAUAAACGAGUGUGAAACAGGACACAACUGCCUCGACGACCAGAUGUGCUGGAACUACCACGGGGGCUUCCGCUGCUAUCCCAGAAACCCCUGCCACGAGCCGUACGUGCGCACGGGAGAGAACCGGUGCACCUGCUCCACCCCCGCCCUGUGCCACGGAGUGGCGCCUUCCAUCGUGUACAAGUACAUGAGCAUCCCGUCCGACCGCUCGGUGCCCUCCGACAUCUUCCAGAUCCAGGCCACCAACAUCUACCCCAACACCCACAACUCCUUCCGCAUCAAGGCCGGCAACGAGGGCGGGGAGUUCUUCCUGAGGCGCUCCAGUAACGUCAGCGCCAUGCUGGUUCUGACCAAGCCACUGCAGGGCCCGCGGGAGCACGUGGUGGACCUGGAGAUGAUCACCCACAACACCAUGCUCAACUACCGCUCCAGCUCCCUGCUGCGGCUCACCCUGAUCGUGGGCCCCUACACCUUCUAACCCCCCAGGGACCCCCCCAGGGACCCUCCCAGAGAUCCCCCCCCCACGCACCCCACUUACACACCCCCCCCCCCCCAGGAACCCCACCCCAGGGACCCCGCUUAUCACCCCCCGCC